CAAAAACAAAAUAACUCUUUUAUUUUACAUGAAUAAAUAAUCACAAUUAGCAUAAUAUAGCAAAAGUGGAUCUAAUAGACAGUUUCAAGUGAUAAAAGAAUUCGAUGGAUUUUGUUCUUCAUGGCAAUCCUACUCCAAGAGUUGAUCAACGUCAAUUGUUGGGUAGCGCUAGAUCCAGACCAAACAGUGCUCAACCAGUAACCAGAAGAAACCCUAUUACGGGUGAAGAAAUUCAAGAUGUAAUAACAACUCCUAGAAUUCAACAACCAACAACAAAUCAAAAACAUUAUCAACAACUAACUGCUCAAAAACAGUAUAGUAAACCAAAAGGAGUUCCAGGGUUAGAUCUGAAGUAUUUAAGGGAAGAGAAUGAGAAGAAAGUACCAGUGGAUAUAUAUGAUUAUUGUUUAGAUACCCCAGAUACAGCUUCUACUGCUAGUUGGGGUAGUGCCAGACCUGUUCAACACAACCAUAGACAGCCAGUGAAACCAGUACAUGUUGCUGUUAGACCUAAUGAUGUACCAGGUUUAUCAUUAAAUAAUAAUGCUAGGCCACCAUCAGCUAGACACAAACCUCCUCCUGCUCAAAAGCCUACAGCCUGGGAUAGACAAGCAGUACCUGAUGGUAUUGAAGCUCCAUCAGCAAGACAUCAGCAAUUAUAUCAACAAUAUACUGAUGAGAUGAAAUUAGCCUAUAAAAAUAAACAGAGGUUACUAGAUGAGGAAGUAAUUACAAGACAAGUAGAUGAUGUGAAGAAACAGUAUCCAAGACAACCACACCAUGUGACAGCUGAUGCUGGUGAUAUGUUAGCAGAUGAUGAUACAGAUAUUGUUGAUGUUAAAUCAAAAUGGACUAAAGCUAGAUAUACUAAAGCUCAGUUGUUGAAAAAACUUGAUGCGGAAGGUAUGAAUGAUCAGUAUAAAAAUCAGAAGUUAGAGGAAACAGUCAUGAUUGAUCAGUUAUCAAGAGCUGUAAUCAGUGACCCUGAACAGAAUGAAAAACUAUCUAGUAGACUAUAUAGUGCUAGUUAUAGAGGUAGAGGUAGUCAUAGACAUCUUCAUGAUUCCAAAAUAAGUACAAGAACUACAGCAACAGAGAAUUUAUUAUCUAAAAGAGUUAGAUUUGGUGCCAGAAUAUUAACAAGAAAUGGUCAUGAUGCUUUAAGACAAUUAACUGGAUUCUUCUUCAAUGUUAAUAAUACUCUGACUAUUUAUGAAUUUAAACAGUUUGGGAAAAGUGCUAAAGCUAUACCAUUUAUCAAUAGAGGUACCUAUCAUCAUAUUAAGGGACCAUUAAAAGGAGAAGUCUAUGCCUUAACAGAUAUUUAUCCUGGAGGAGAUAUUCUUAUAUCAACAGAAGGACAUCAAACCUUACCUCAAUCUAUAGCUAGUCAAUCAGAAGUUAUAUUUCGUGUCACAGAUCUAGAUGAGAAAGAAAAGUGUAGUUUGUUAUUACAUGGUAUCAGACCAGGAGAAAAGGAAACAGUUUAUGCUGAACUACAUGUUAGAAGUAGAGAAGAUCAGGAAAAUAAAAUUAUUCUAGAAAAUUUACAAGAAACUGUUCAAAUACUGAUCAAAAAGAGAGGUGUGAAAACUGUAACUGGUUUAGGCAGACAUUAUAGACAGUUAGAUAAAACUGGAACUGGUUGGUUAGAUCAAUAUGAUUUAGAAAGAGGUUUACAGAAGUUCCAUAUUCAGAUUGAUCAACAGACAUUAAAUAUUAUAUUUGAGAUAUUAGAUCCAGAAUAUAAUGGUGGUCUAGAUUAUUGUCACUAUAUGAGAUCUGUUCUUGGAGAGAUGAAUGAAUUCAGAAAGUCUUUUGUGAGAAAGGCUUUCUCUAAACUUGAUUCUGGUAAGAAAGGAAUGAUAGAACUAUGUGAUAUUAAGAAAUUCUUUAAUUUAAAUGCUCCACCAGCACCACAUGCUGAAGACAGUAGUGCUAUACACGUAUUUUUAGAUAAUGUACGCCAAUCACCCAAACAAGAACAAGUAUCAUUCCGAGAAUUUGAAGAGUUUUAUGAAGGAAUCAGUGUUAGUUUGGAAAGUGAUGAAGAAUUCCUCAAUAUUUUAGGAAACACAUGGAACAUUUAA